GCUCUCAUCUUUAUUUCUCUAGCUCAGCCUUAUUGCUUCCCAUUACCACAUUGAAAUUCCCAAAAUUUGAUGCAAAUUAGGGUUUCACCACCCCCAAUUGAACAUCUCAGUUUGGGUUCUUUUUAGCUGUCGAAGAAGGAAAAGAUAGAUUCUUGGGACAUCAAGGGAAAACAGUGUUUUUCUUCUUCUGCAUUAAUAAGAAAAAAGAGAAAGAAAACAAUAGUAAGGCCUCAUCACAGAAACAAAAAUUAGCAAUCGAUGGCUUCCUCAAGCUCGUACAAGCCGCCCUGCGCGGCGUGCAAAUUCCUAAGGCGGAAGUGCAUGGCGGGAUGCAUCUUCUCAGCGUACUUCCCGGCGGAGGAGCCGCAGAAGUUCGCAAACGUGCACAAGAUCUUCGGCGCGAGCAACGUGGGGAAGCUGCUGAACGAGCUGCUGCCCCACCAGCGAGACGACGCGGUCAACUCCCUUGCCUACGAGGCGGAGGCCCGCAUCCGAGACCCCGUGUACGGCUGCAUCGGCGCCAUCUCGUUCCUCCAGAGCCAGGUCGAUCGCCUCCAGAAGGAGCUCGACGCCGCCAAUGCAGACCUCGUUAGGUUCGCUUGCAAUGAGAAUCAUAUUUAUAGUAAUUCUUAUGGUGGUGAAGGGAUGGAUGGAAGUAAUUGAUGCACUUCUCAUCAUCAUCAUCAUCUAUAAUACUAGUAGCUAGGGUUUGCUACUUUGUUUGUGGUGGUUUUGAACAAGGUUUGAAUAAUUGUAAUUGUGGUAUGGAAAAUUGGUAUA